ACAUAGGAAAUGUACUGUGGGCUGUAAUGAUUGGUGUCUGCCCUGGGAAAUGGCAUCAAGGCCAGAGCAGUCAUGGCUUCAUGCAAGCACAUCCUCUAAUUAUUGAAAGACCUGUGUGGAGUCUCAAUGUUAAUCAGUCUCUCAGAGACUUCAGCUUUAUGUGGUUAGUGCAGAUUUAUGGCAGUUUUCUUUUCUUGUUAUUAAAACUGAUAUUUCACAAGGAAGAAACUAUCUCCAGACAACUGUUAAAAUGCAAAGUUUCAGUCAUAAAAGGGAACUGCAGGAUCAUUCUGAGGCUAUUCCACCGAGAGCCCAAACAAGAAGGGUCAAAAUGAAUGUUUUGCCUCCAGCCGUCCUGCAAAGCCCAAGGGAGCAUCCCAGGUUCAUGGAGCAGAUUGUUUGCCCCUCAUUAGACUUGGCAAGGAUUCGUUUGAUCAGAGACAAAGAUGCCACAGAUGAUUAUUUGGUGAAGAAUAUCAAAGGGCUGUCAAAGCAAGAAGCUGCUGCGAACAGGAAUUCAUACAAGAAGAACAUCUGCAUAGACAUGCUGCGACAGGGUUAUCACGAGUCCUUCUCUGAGCUCCUCACUCUGAUACAGAAGUGGAAUGCCUUGAGGGAGGCUGCAGGGCCUGGGUCAGACAUAUGGCAGCAGAAGUCCCUGGAGGAGCAGCCUGAUAAGCUGGAUCAGCUUUACCACUUCCUGACCAGGGCUGAGGGGGCCCAGCGAGCAGGGCACUAUGAGGAAGUGUAUGACAACCAGCUUCAGUUGGCCUACUGUUUCACUGACCCCGAGGACAAAUGGCUAAGGGACUACUUCUAUGAGCGAUGCUUUAACACUGCUCAACGAGUGAAAAUAGAUGGUGGGAAAAGAGAGGCACAAGCACAUGUAAACAUGGGACUCAUCCGAGAGGAGCAAGGCCAUGUCGUGAGAGCUGCUGAGCAUUACGAAGCAUUUUAUCAGCUCGCAGAGGGCUCGACGUGGAAGGAUGUGACAGGUCGUACUUACACCUCACUGGCAUGUGAGCAUCUCUGGAGGAUUGAUACAUUACUGGCAGAUAAAAUGCUGGAAAACAAAGAACACCAACAGGCCAUCAGAAUGCUAAGAAAAGCUUCAAAACUGGCAAAAGAAGGAGGUGAUAUGAAGAUGGAAGGAGAAGCUGCUUAUUGCUUAAGCCUGGCAUAUCAUCUUGCUGGUGAACUGCAGGCAGCACUAAAACUUCUGGACACCUCUGUAAAAGUCUUCACAGCACUCUGUGAUUCUACUGGCCUAGGCAGAGCAUAUGCAGCUCUAUCCAAGAUCCUGCUAAGUCAGGGAAAAGAGACUGAAACUGUGAAGUGCCUGGAAGAGUUUAUGAAGACUGCUGAAGACUCUCAGCUAAGGCAGAGCCUGGUGGAUGCAUGUCUUUUACUUGGGAAUAUUUACCAUGAGAGAGGGCAGCACAGGGAAGCUUCUGCACGUUUCAGUCAGGCUUCUGAGGCAGCCAAAACGUCGAAUAAUUUGCCCUUACUGGAUGAAAUAAAGACUUACUGUGGCAUGGCAAAGGCUCAUGAGCUAAUGGUGGCCUUCAACAGCUGUCUAGAAGCAGAGGAUCCCCUCAGCCUCCAGUACCUGCUGGCAUGGAAGGAGAGCAGAAGUGACAUGUGCACUGACCCUCUUACAGUCGGAAUGUGGUCCUUCAGCGAAUGUCAUUAUUUUGAUCUUCAGAGAAAGGUGAUAAUGAUAACCUUCACUUGCAGUCAGUGUUUCACGUGCAUCCAGACAUGAGCUCCCUGUUACUAGCAGCAAGGAGCGAUUCCUGCGUGACACAGUGGACGCCGUUCUGAAUUCAGAAGAACACUCUGGUUUAUUUCUGGCAUCCCUGUACCUGGCAUUGCAGGGGAAGGAAGUGAAAGAGAAAACAACUCCCUCAUUUCUUCACUGUGUUUCCAGGUCUCAGGUAGAGAGUAGAGGAGGGCUUUGUGUGGAGUAGCCUUCU